UUCCCCUUCUGGUACUGAGAUUAAUAGGUUAAGUUUUUGUUCAAUUUUUGUUUUUUCGUUAAUCAUUUAAAAAUAAAGUUUAAAGCUAUCUGUCGCAUCGUUCAAAGCAUGUCGGAAAAAGAAAAACAGUCGUCUAACUCGUGUCCACCUACUAAACCUCGGAAAUCUUCGGUAUUAAAAAUUUACGAAAAAUCUGUUUUAACUGCCUUUAAGUUCGACUGCGAAAAUUUUUUAGAAUAUUUCGAAUCACUAAAGUCGUUUCAUUACACAGAUUUUGCAAACUUAUGGCAAGUUCGCCAAUUUACGUAUAUUUACGCUGAUCAGAAUUAUGUGACCGAGUUAACAACUUUGUGUGAAGUUGCAUUUUCUACAGUGAAGAAAUAUAUUGUUUUUCGGGACAACCCAUAUAUUAAAAUGGGAGCCUUUUACUUGUUAUAUGGUUUAUACUACAAGCAGCCAAUAAAGGGUUUGGUUAAAAUUCGUUUGACUUUGAGCGAAUUCAAGUCCAUUAAGGAACUGAUGUACAUGGCAAAAAGUCAAAAUCAUUUUGAGCCCUUGUACAUCUUUGCCAAAAUGAAAUGUGACAAAGCUUUUCUUUAUGUUGCCCACUACAAACCUUUAAAACCCAGUAAUAAUUCCAAGCAUAGCAAUACAACAUUUGACGACACUUUUCAAGGAAAAGGUACGGAAAGUUCUCUAGCUAAAUUCAAAGACUUGAUCCAAGAUGGAUUAGUUAAGGAUUUAGGCACUGUCUGCACCAAAUAUGACGCGGCUUUUAGGAAAUAUGCAGAAAUAUGCCCAAGUCUUUCUCUGUUCCCCUCUUCUGUGAUUGAGGAAUUUGAUCGAGCCUAUGACAACAUUUUUGGGAGCAACCUAAAAAAUAAUUCAACAGACACAUCUGUAGCAAACAAAAGGCGAAGCAUUAGGCAAAAGGCGGUUACGAACCAAAAUGCGGUUUAUAGAGGAAGCCGCAAGGUGCUAACGGCAAUGGAUCUGAGUGAAGGGGAGAGUAAUUCUGAUUGAAUGCCACAGUUUGCUU